AUGGCGUCCAAGGUUCCAAUUAGGCCAUUCUUGGGUGCGGCCAAGUCUGUUGCCGGGCGCGGCGUGCGUCUGCAGCUCAGCGCCAUCUCCGCCGCAUCCACGUCCUCGACGCCAUCCAAUUCCUUCGCAACUGAUGAGGCCCCGAGGAAAUCAGACCCGCUGGACCCGGCCGAAAUGCCGCGAUGGAAGCAAACGCCUAGAGCAAUGGCCGCGCCCAUACGGUUACGGCCGAUCAAGCCGGACAACGUGUGGAGGGUCAACGAGGACCCGCGCAAGCUCGACGAGACCUACGUGCGCAUACUGGGAAAGGGUGGCGACAAGCUGCUGGAGGAAGAAGUCAAAUGGUUGGCCGUGACGCACAAGAGUUUUGAUCACGGUCGGAGAGGAUUCAAUGACAGGCUGGCUUUCUUGGGGAGGCGGAUCAUUGAGCUUCAGACGUCACUGGCGCUGCUUAACACACCCCGCAGCGGCGCGAAGCAGCACACGGCCGAUGCGUACGGGCGUGAGCCCUACAAGCACCCAGCUCUCGAUGGCCUGGAUAAUCUCGCAGGCGGCUCCAAGGAAGAAAUCCUGUCGAGGGACAGGCUAGCUGGUCUGGCGAAGCAGCACGGUCUUUCCUAUGUCAUACGGUGGAGGCCCAAGAAGUCGGACAGCAUGAAAGGCUCCGGUUUAAACACUGUUCUUGCGCAUACUCUGUACGCUAUCGUGGGCGCUAUCGCCAUGCAAAAAGGAGGCGACGUCGCAAACCAGGUUGUUAAGGAAAGGAUAUUGGCACCUCUGGACGUCAUGAUGUCAUGA